UAUGCAUGGAGAGAUUCUUUGUUUGUUCUUUAGCAAAAAUCUUUGGCGUCUUAAUUGUUUCGUUGAUAACCAGACAGACACCUUUAAACCUGGUCGAUUGUGAAUAGACCAUCUCAUAUAUAUGGAUUCCCCUUCGCACGCAUAUUAAUUCUUACCCUCCAAUGCUUGUUUUCCAUAUAUAUCUAAAAGUCUUGCAUAUAUAAAUUCCCAAGUUCUCUUAUGCAUAUGCAGAUAAAAGUAGCACACAUUAAGAUUCAGAAUCAUUGAAAAGAGAGAAGAACAAAGAAGAUGGCAGCCAUUUUCAAGAUCCUUUGCUUGUCUCUCUUUCUUGGUCUAUUGAGCGCAGGCACUGCAAAUGCUCAGGGAUGCUCUCUAUCAAGUCUAAUCAUAUUGCAGGCUCCAACAGGGGCAAAGGUACAAUCCAAACCGGAGUUUAAACUCACCAUCUUUAACAGUUGCGCUUGCACUCAAACCCAAGUCAAACUGUCCUGCUCUGGCUUUCAGAGCGUUGAAAAGAUUAACCCCGCCGUCCUCUCUCAAAGCGGUGGCGGCUCUUGCCUCGUUAACGGUGGCCAGCCGAUCUAUUACGGCGUUACACACGGCAAUUUCAGUUUCAAUUAUGCAGCCGAUAAUCAAUACCCCUUUAAACCCAUUAGCAGUCAAUUAUCCUGCUCCUAGAUUGUUCUUGAAGUGGAAUCCAUGACUGAAUCGUGCCUGGUUAAUUCUAGUUUUCAUUUUAAUGUUACCUGGUGAGACAUGAUCGGGAUGCAAAUUAAAUAAGAUGAGUUUUUGGGAUUUAUAUAAAGUUGUUGUUUAGCUAAUUAAAUAAGUGAGACUAAUUUUGUUGUUUAUACAUGAAUGGCUUAGCUUCGACUGUGAGAGCAAGAAGCCCAAAACAAGACUCACGGGUACUGCAUUUCUGAAAGUACUAUUUAAAUUGCAGUUUAUGGACGAUGAUACUAAAUCAGAUAUACACACUCUAUAUAUAAAUGCAUAGACGUCCUUCUUAUUUCAACCUAACUGCACAUUUAACUGAACUUUUUAUUAGCACAAGUUUCAAAUAUGAUUGUGGAUAAAUUUUAGAAUGAUUGUGCACCUACGAGUAUAAGAAACGAAUCCCUGCACCCAUAUCUGAAUUUGAACACAUAUCCCUAGAUCCCAUCAUUUUCAAAUACUAGGAUCAGAUACUUCGACAUAGAUGCAAUACGUGCACCUAUAAUGGACUCUCGCACCCCCCAGGUCCAUGUAACAUAGGCCGGAAUUCAUCUCAUACAGUAGAUCAUAUUCUUAAAUCCAAACUCAGCUCAAUAAGACUCGGGAAUGUGUUGCUCAUUCUUGACUCACGACAAGAUUUUGAGUUAUGA